UGCAGCGCACUUGCGACUUGGCCGUACAUGCGGGCCCCACGUCUCCUGGCGCUCGUCGUGCUGGUCUCUGGCCCGUGCUUCAUGCCGCGCCUUCUGUGCCUGCACGGCAAGGGUAGCAGCGGUGCACUGCUCCAGGAGCGGUUGAAGCCUUUGGCGACCCAGGCGGAGUUGGUCUGUGUCGAUGCUCCGCACCCCCUGGGCGGCGGUUAUGCUUGGUGGCACCUGCCCCCUGGCGAGCGGUCCUUCACCACUCCGGUGUUUGAGGGCUGGCAAGAGACGCUGGAGCACAUCCGCCGCGUCUGGAAGGACCAAGGGCCUUUCGACGGCAUCCUGGGUUUUUCUCAAGGCGCGAUCCUGCUGGCGGCGCUGGUGGCAUUGGGUGAGAUGAAGGAAGGCAGGCCUCUGGCAAGCUGCCGGCACCUGGUGCUUUGCGGCGCGGCAGUUCCUGGUCCGUUUAAGCGCGAGAUGGCCGAGCUGAUGGCUGACCCAGGCGCUCGGGGCUUCCAAGCCCUCCACACCGUGGGGCGCCAGGAUGACAUCAACCCGCCCGAAGGUGCGCGGGAGGUUGCUGCUGCGCUGGGUGGAAAGGUCCUUGAAUUCGAGGGCGGCCACGAUGUGCCGUUGGACGAGGCGGCUUUGGGCGCUUACCGCGACCUCCUGUCGUGAGAUUCAACGCGCAG